AUGGCAGCGUCAGCCGACACCGUUCCGACUAGCCCCGGCACUUCCGCGGCCAAGGCAAGCAACAAGCUCGCGAAUGGUGAUGGCAGCGAGGUGCCGUCGGUGCUCGAGCUGUUGGAGAGCCUCCAAUGGGAGAACAGCUGCGUGACGUCGCUGCCGUACGAGGCCGAGCCGCCGCCGGGCGCACCUGCGCAGCGCGAGGUUGUAGGCGCAUGCUUUGCGGCUGCAGCACCGACUCCUGUGGCUUCGCCGCGUCUUGUGGCCUACUCGCGUAGCGCCCUUGCCCUCCUCGGCAUCGACCAGGACGCUCUCGCCGCGAGCGUGGCCACCAACCGCGACGAUGCCGCCGCUGUCUUUGCAGGCAACGUUGUGCCGGCCGGCGCAUCCCCUGCGGCCCACUGCUACUGCGGCUUCCAGUUUGGCUACUUUUCCGGCCAGCUUGGUGACGGCGCCACCAUGUACCUCGGUGAGACCGUGGGCGGGCCUGCAGGGCGCAUGGAGAUCCAGUACAAGGGCGCGGGCAAGACCCCAUUCUCGCGCACCGCCGACGGGCGCAAGGUCUUGCGCUCCUCGCUCCGCGAGUUUAUCGCCUCGGAGGCCAUGGCUGCCCUCGGCAUCCCCACCACCCGUGCCGGCUCGCUCGUUGUCUCAGACACCUACGUUGUACGCGAUGUCUUCUACGACGGCAACCCGGCCAUGGAGCCGGCCGCCGUCAUCACUCGCCUCGCGCCGUCGUUCCUCCGCUUCGGCUCGUUUGAGAUUUGCCGGAGCGAGGACGAAGUCACUGGCCGCGCCGGCCCUUCGGCCUCGGCUCCGCAUGUCCUUGGCGAUCUCACCCGCUUUGUCAUCGAUCAGUACUACCCUCACCUGGCGGGUGUCGAGCGGCCGGUUGAGGCGCUCGUCCUCGACGUUGCUGCCCGGACCGGCCGCCUGGUCGCGGGCUGGCAGACGGUUGGCUUUUGCCACGGCGUCCUCAACACUGACAACAUGUCCAUCCUUGGCCUGACCAUUGACUAUGGUCCGUACGGUUUUUUGGAGCACUACAACGCCCAGUAUGUGUGCAACGGCUCGGACGAUGGAGCCCGCUACACCUACGGCGCUCAACCGGAGAUUUGCGCCUGGAACUGCUGCAGACUUGCCGAAUCGCUCCGGCCGCUUCUGGACGAUGAGGGCGCAAGCAUGAGCGAGGAGGAGGUUCGCAACGCGUUCUUUGCCGCCUACGAUGACGAGUACGUUGCCCGGAUGCGCGAGAAGCUCGGCCUCCGCCCCGAUGUUGAGCCGCACGAGGUGCGCGCGUAUGCCAAGAGCCUGUUUGAGGUGUUUGACGCCACCGGCGCAGACUUUACCUCGACCUUCCGGCUCCUCGCUUCACUUCACGCUGGCUGCAACGAGACUGAGCUCGCUGCGCGCAUUGCAUCCCGGUGCGUCACUCCGGCACAGCUAGAGGCUGCCGCCCAGGGCCGCAUUUCGGACGAGAAGAUUGCUGCGGUGCGCCAACUGCUCGCCACCGCUCCGCACAUGCUCGCGCACAUUCCGCCGCGCGUGCUGCAGGGCGAGCUACGUAAGGCCGAAGUGCGGGAGCGCGCCCGCGCGCUCUCCGCUUACCAAAAGGUGGCCGACGACACUGCCGCCUGGCAGUCGUAUCUGACCGGGCCGUACGCCGCCAUGGUUGCCGAGGCCGGCUCUGAUGAGCCGACUCGUGCUGCGCAAAUGGCGGCAGCCAACCCUGCCCAAGUCCCGCGCAACGCCAUCUUGCAGGCCGCGAUCGACGCCGCCGAAAGCGGUGACUUUGCGCUUGUCGACGCCCUCGUCGACGUCGACUGGUUCGACGACGACGCCGUGGCAGGGCUGGCCGGCGCCGACGGCGCCGUCGAGCCGAUGGUGGUCACCUGA